AUGUUGUCUUCAUUCCUCUCUCAGCUUGGCUCUCUUCUCUCUCCUAACGCGAAGAUCGUCACCAAUGAAACUGUCGAUGAGUUCACAGAACUACUUCGUCGGUGGACUGAUUCGGACAAGCAAAUUCCUGGUGCAAUCGUCCUGGUUGCGACGGAGGAGGAUGUAGUGAACACGGUCAAGCUUGCCGUACAGUCCAAAGUUCCGUUUGUCCCCAAAUCAGGAGGGCAUAGUUCCUGGUCUACAAUUGGUCAAUCGGGGAUAAUCAUCGAUUUAUCUCGUUUCAGGGGCGUUGUAGUCGAUAAAGACGCGAAGUCCGUCACAGUGACUGGUGGAACGGUGAUCAAGGAAGUCAACGAUGCGGCCUUUGAGCAAGGCCUUUGCGUUCCCCUCGGAAAUGCUAAUUCUCUUGGCGUUAUCCCAAUGGCCAUCGGAGGAGGCUUGACUGUUCUUGCAACUCUCUGCGGCUACGCUUCUGAUAAUAUCCUCUCUGCCCACCUUGUUACUGCAAAGGGGGAACUUAUCACUGUCUCUGAUACCUCACAUCCCGAUCUCCUAUACGCCAUCCGCGGUGCCGGCCAGUUCUUCGGUGUGGUCACCACGCUCACUCUCCGUGCUUACCCAUUAUCCAUCCUCAGAACCCCUGAUUCCACCAUAUAUUCCGGAAAGUUCGUAUUUCCUAUCAGUCGGCUUCAAGAAGUUCUUGAUGUACUCGUUCCCAUGGUUGUCGACGAGUCCAACCCGUGGACUGGAUAUUUUAUGGUUUGUGCUCCGCCGCCAACCCUCGAAACCGUUAUCCUAUUCUUUCCGUACUAUUUCGGUCCUACUCAGGAGGCCGAGAAAUUUUUAGAGCCAAUUUCUGCACUUGGGCCUAUCGUGUCCACGGGUGGAAACUUGCCUUACGUUCGUGUCAACGACAUUACGGAGCCUUUUUGCAUCAAAGAUGGGUUCAAACGGCUUACGGGCGCAGGAACAGGUGUCAAUUUUUUUCGGGAAAACGUCAAAGACUUUUCCUCAAAGGUAGUUGAGCUGUUCGAGGAACUCAAGAAAACGGCGCCUGAUGCAGCAGCUAGCCUGUAUGCAAUUGAAUGGAGCACCUACGUCUCUCCGGAUAAGAAAAAGUUUGAAGAAACUGCAUUUUCACAUAAGGAUGUCAAAUUUUGGUUUCAAUUCAUGGUCUGGUAUACUGAGCCAGCGUCUCAUGGCGAAGUCUCCCGUUUUGAACAACAGGCAAUCAAUACGGUGCGCGAGGGUCAAGCUCCGGAAGACAUCUCGACAUAUCAGAACUGGACUCGUUCUGCCCCUAUUGAAAUACGCUAUAGAGGGGAAUCACGACUGAAGAGAUUAAGGGCGCUGAAGAAAGAAUGGGAUCCAAACGGUGUUUUCACCAGGGAGCUGUUGUAA